UUUGUACCUCUCUGUUGCCGUAGACAAAAACCGCACGCAUGCGCAUUUCCGUUUCUUACGGGGCAGCAAUGGCGUCCCCCUUUGCAGUGUGCAGGUUGAAGGGAAGGGGCAGCCUGGUGAAGUGUCUACAGAAGGUCGAAUCAUUUCUUCACAGGAAUAUUGGAACAGACGUUGUCGCUGCCCAAGAAGAAAGGCAUGGAUGCAAAUCUUUGCAUGCUGUCCAGGCAGAGGGACAAGAACAAGCAGAGAGAUCCGUUCUCAUCAGCUGCCACUCCAGAACCAAUGAGAAAAAGUUCCUCAAGUAUAUAUCAAGACAUGGAGAUAUCAAGAAAUACUUUUUUUAUGAAAGUUAUGGCUUGUAUGCUGUGGUUGAAUUUGCCAACCGGGAAAGUGUUGCCUCGUUGUUUGAAGGGGCGACCAUCCCUAGCGUCAGCCAUGAAUCCACUGUGCCUUUUAAAUCCAGACUGCUGUCGCUAAGGAACAUCGGAUUAGCGGACUCAACAAACCAGCAAUCAGGCCAACAGUGUCAUCCGCAAACACCCAUUCCCAUCAACGAGCUCAUACAGAGGCUGUCCAAAGAGGAGAGUAUAGAGCAGCAGAUAACCUCCCUGACAGAUGUCUAUCAGCUCACAGAGGAGAAUAGUCGACUACGUUUCCUUGUCUGCUCUCUGCUCAAGGACAUUGCUGCUGCAUACUUCCCAGAAUGCACCAUCAAGCCAUUUGGCUCAUCAGUGAACGGCUUUGGAAAGCUGGGCUGUGACCUGGACAUGUUCCUGGACCUGGAUGGCAUCAGUGGGAGAAAUGCAAAGAUGCCAAAAUCCGGUCUGUCCCUGGAGUAUCAGAUGAAGAGGGCCAACUCGGAGCGGGCCGUCACCCAGAGCAUCCUGUCCGUCAUUGGGGAGUGUGUGGACCAGUUUGGUCCUGGGUGUGUGGGGGUGCAGAAGAUUCUCAACGCACGAUGCCCCCUGGUCCGUUUCGCCCACCAGCCCUCUGGUUUUCAGUGUGACCUCACAGCAAACAACAGGGUGGCGAUGAAGAGCACGGAGCUGCUCUACCUGUACGGAGAGCUGGACCCGCGGGUCCGUUGUCUGGUGUUCACCGUGCGCUGUUGGGCCCGAGCUCACGGCAUCACCAGCAGCAUCCCUGGCGCCUGGAUCACCAAUUUCUCCCUCACAGUCAUGCUGCUGUUCUUCCUGCAGAGGAGGAGCCCUCCCAUUAUCCCCACCCUGGACCACCUCAGGGACCUCGCAGGUCCCGCCGACAAGAGCGUGAUUGAGGGGAACGACUGCACGUUUGUCAGCGACUUCAGCAAAAUCCAGCUCCAGAGCAACACAGAAACACUUGAGCAACUUCUGGGCGAAUUCUUUGAGUUCUACGCCACCUUUGCAUUCAGCAAGAUGUCCAUAAAUAUCAGAAAGGGCAAAGAGCAGAACAAGCCGGAGAUAGCCCCGCUGCACAUCCAGAACCCGUUUGAAACCUCUCUGAACGUCAGCAAGAACGUUAACGCCACACAGCUGGACCGCUUUGUGGCUUUAUGUCAGGAGAGCUCCUGGCUUCUCCAGCAGAGUGACACCAACGCACCCAGAGGUGGUAAUAAAGGGUCCAUACCUUGGGGACUCGCUACCCUCCUCCAGCCCUCCCAGGUUGCAGGGAUCAAAAGUCGUAAGAAAAGGAGACGGGAGCCCGCCAGUGAGAGAAUAAAGAGCUUGCUGGAAUCCUUAAAGAAAACCAAUCAGCAAAAGAAAAGCUAAGCUCCCUCCUCCUGCUAUCACGUUAACUCAUACGUUGGUGGACAUCUUCUGGUGUUAUUGUCUGCUGCCUCACUAAAAAGGAGAGGCUUCUGCAGUUAAAUUCAUCUGCUGGACUAUAGUUCCAAAUAUGGACACUGGAGGGUGUCACUGAGGCCUGUACUGUAUGUGCAUAUGUGGGACCUGGAAUAAUGGAGUGAUUACUGUGUACUUUACUAUAGACUUGUCUGCUCUUUUGUAAUUA